CGAUUGACAAAUUCCUGCUCCAACCGGUGCUUGCCGGUCUGGGUAGGUCGGAGCUUAGCAGGCAGGCUAGCAGGGAUCAGAAUCAAGUGACAGCGCGAUCCGCUCGCAGCAUUCAUACACAAAAGAGGCGCGUUGUCCAUUUGCCCCUCGUCGCGCUCUCCCCUGAUUCCUCUCCCAAUUCUUCCCCAAACCCGGACUACCCUGUCUUUCUUUGCCGCCGGGUACGGGUGUCUCACUCUCGUCGCAUCACCAGACCUCGAAUAUUUUGAAUUUUUGGAACUUUUUUGAUGAUUCGCUCUAUCGACACCAAUAAACAUCAUUUUACAGUAUACUUAGGCCUUUGCAGUGGUAUUUGGGGCGGGCUUUCCAAGAUUUCAACCCGAGACAACACAUCCUUGCCACUUUGGGCGCACGCACAGAACGGCGGUCAAUUGACGACUACGAAAAGCCAUCCCCAACGUAAUUAUUCAAGUGCGUUCGAAACACUACUCUUCAACCGAUGCGACCCGGGGACAUGGCAACCACGACAAUGACGUCCACAACGGAGAAGAAGCGCCCGAGGAGACCGCGUCGAAAUCACAUCGUACCCGAGUCUGGGUCACUUUACGACGUCAUGCAUGAGCACCAGGGCCUUUCGCUCUUCGUCCUACCGAUCUGCUGGACCGAUCUUCACACGCGACUGCUUGGCUGUCGCUUCGUCCAACUGCCGCCGCAAAACACUCCGACGCCGUCGUCAUCGAAUUCCCCGCGCAGAUCGCCUGCACGAACAUCGCCGACGGUUGUGGAAAUUGGACGAUACCUGGACACAUUGAUGACUACUGAGACGUCGCGCAACAUCAUGAUGAAGAACCGCGCGUUAAGAAACAUCAUGAUGACUCUAUUUCCAGAUCACCUAUCGAAGCCAAAGGCAGGACUUGCAGAGCUGGACUUGCGGUUCGGGGGUCGUUUGUACCAAAAGGCAGUCAGAUGCCAGGUUCUCUGGAAACACCCCGACGCAUGCUUGUCCUUUGAUUCGGCCACCACCUGGACAUCGAGUCGAUCUACAAACCAACUCCUCGCCUCAAUGAACGUCACUGUUGCUGCAAACGACGCGCCAAUACUGGCCUAUGUCAGUCGCAGUAACCUCGACUGUAUCAGGAAUAACUGCUUCCGCAUUGCACCCGGGCCUAUGAAAUCCUACAACGGCCCGGUUCAUCAAUUACAAAAGCUGCGAUCGAAGCAUCUGAUACCCAGCAACCCCGACGAAGACCAGUACUUCAUUGCGGCCAUGAUCGCUAUGGCACAGAAGACAGUUUAUGCGGAUGGACUGAGGAGUAACAUCAUCUCACCCCGGGAUGUCAAGGUUAGGUUAUUCACAGUGUCGGAGGAGGAAAACACAUUCCUCGUCUACACGGCCACCGUACCCGCGGCUUUCCUGAUGAUGUUCCACGAGCCGCAUAAAGCGCCUCAGGAGAAUGCAAAAUUCGACAUCGAGUUCACGUCGGUACCUGUUUGGCCAGUACUUGGUCUCAAGGAAAGAUUGGGGAAGGCGCUUGGUGAGGAAGUUGUGGGCGGCUUCGAUGAGCUCAACAUUGAGACGUACGACGAGGAAGAAGAGGAAGAGUUGACAUCCAUUCCCCAGGUGACCACUUCGCCCAAGCGCAGGCGCGAGGCUCUGUCGGAAGUUCUUAACGCGAGCUUCUCAGAAGACUCAAACUGCGAUGAUCCCUUGGGGAAGCGAAGGUGUCUCGAAGGUAGGGUUGGCGUUGUUCGAUGACUUCGCGGUGCCCUUUGUCGGAAGCUGCGUUUUGGGGAGACAGUUGCUGCGUUUGGGGGUAUCAGAUGAGCAGGCGAAAGGCGUUGAGGCCAUUGUAGGCUGAGGAGUCUGAAUGGCCAGCGGAUGACGACACGAGAUUUAGAUUUGUUGAUGACAAAACUUAAGACAUGGCAAGCAUGAUGGGUUAAGGGAGGCUAUACCAUUCACGAUGGCGUUUUUAUGCAUAUCAUGGCAUCGGUGGGAAAUGCUCGACACCUCAAACGAGGCGCGGCAUUGCAUUGCAUGGCGACGCACACAUUUGAAAACUUUGAGCUAGAAAUUACGGGUUCUGCGAGAAAUGGAAUUUUGUGCUUGUUUAUAGCAGCUUAUGAUUCAAUUAGCUUUCGUUUAUGACGCCGCGGUAUACGGGCAGACAAUGCAUAAAAAU